GCUGGCGCUGUCACUCCGCGGCGGGGCAGCGCCGGCCCCUUGUUGUCACGGCGCCGCGCGGGGCUGGGGCUCUUCGCUCCGCCGCCGCCGCGGGAGCCCGGGAUUGGGAGCGGUUCCGCCGGCCUCGUCGCCCGCUCUCCCGCAGCGGGGGAGGCGCCCUCGCCAUGACCACCAGCACCACGGGCUCCACGCUGCUGCAGCCCCUCAGCAACGCCGUGCGCCUGCCCGUCGACCAGAUGUGUAACGCCAGGAAACUUCACCUGAGGGCUUCUUUGGAGAAAGCAUCUAAGAUAAUGUCAACUUUGUAGUGUGCCAACUGUUUGCCUUGCUUGCGGCUAUUUGGUUUCGAACGUACCUUCAUUCAAGCAAAACCAGCCCAUUUAUAAGACAUGUUGUUGCAACGCUCUUGGGCCUUUAUCUUGCACUUUUUUGUUUUGGAUGGUAUGCCUUACACUUUGUUAUACAAAGUGGAAUCUCCUACUAUAUCAUGAUCGUAAUAGGAGUCGAAAAUAUGCACAAGUAUUGCUUUGUUUUUGCUUUGGGUUACCUCACUGUGUGCCAAAUUACUAGAGUCUAUAUUUUUGAUUAUGGACAGUAUUCUGCUGACUUUUCUGGUCCAAUGAUGAUAAUUACACAGAAGAUCACUAGUUUGGCAUUUGAGAUUCACGAUGGAAUGUUUCGAAAAAAUGAAGAUUUGACUCCAUCACAGAGGUGCUUGGCUGUAAGACGCAUGCCAAGUCUACUGGAGUAUUUAAGUUACAACUGUAAUUUCAUGGGUAUCCUGGCAGGCCCGUUAUGCUCUUACAAAGACUAUAUUACUUUCAUUGAAGGCAGAUCAUAUCAACUGCAACAGUCUGAAGCAAAUGGGAAGGAAGAUACAAAAUAUGAACAAACGGAUCCCUCUCCAAAUAUAGCUGUGGCACAGAAACUCUUAAUCUGUGGACUGUCCUUGUUAUUUCACAUGACUAUUACAAAAACUUUACCUGUGGAAUACAACAUUGAUGAUAACUUCAGAGCUACAGCAUCAUGGCCUGUAAGGGUUUUCUACCUAUAUGUGUCUCUUAUGGCUGCCAGACCCAAAUAUUAUUUUGCAUGGACUUUAGCAGAUGCAAUUAAUAAUGCCGCAGGGUUUGGUUUUAGAGGUUAUGAUAAAAAUGGAGUUACACGUUGGGAUCUAGUAUCAAAUCUGAGAAUCCAGCACAUAGAGUUUUCCACAAGUUUCAAGAUGUUUGUUGAUAACUGGAAUAUUCAAACAGCUCUUUGGCUUAAAAGAGUCUGCUAUGAGCGAGCCACCUUUAGCCCAACGAUCCAAACCUUCAUUCUUUCUGCCAUCUGGCACGGGGUAUACCCAGGAUAUUAUUUAACAUUUUUAACAGGAAUACUAAUGACACUAGCAGCACGAGCUAUAAGAAACAAUAUCAGACACUACUUCGUUGAAUCUCCUACUGUUAAACUAUGUUAUGAUAUUAUAACAUGGAUGGCAACUCAAGUAGCAAUAAGUUACACAGUUGUGCCAUUUGUACUGCUCUCUGUAAAACCCUCUUUCACCUUUUACAGCUCCUGCUAUUUCUGUCUUCAUAUUGCCAGCAUCCUGGUGUUGUUGGUAUUUCCAUUGAAAAGAACUCAAAAAGGAAGUAAAAAGCAUGAAAGCAUCCAGCCUGUGUGGUCCAAAAAACUAGAAGAAGAAAAUGUUUUGCAAAAGAACAGUUAUUCCACAACAAAUAAUAGCUUCAGUCAGAAAGAAGAAAUAACCUGCAGAUAUCAAGCACUAAAACAGUGAUUGAGAAAUACUAUGAUGAAUAUAUUUUGUAUGUUUUCAGAAACCCAUUUUUAGCACCUUUUAAAGGGGUUUGUAUUUGUUUGCAAAGAUGUUUAGUAAGAAAAGAAUGCAUUACCUAGGAAAAUCACAUACAAUAGCAAGACUGGAAACAAAACAAAUUAACCCCUCCCAUGCCAUGUCCCUGUGGGUCACGCCUUAUAUGAAGAUAUUACCAUUAUUUCAAUGGGCACUCAGGACUUGCAACGUAUGUCCAUAGGGUCAUAUGUGUGCCCUUUGCUGAAUGUACGUUGUGUAUCCCAAGGCACUGAUGGGGUGGAAUAAAAUUGUGUCAGUCUAGGAUUAACAAAUGGAAAUUAUUUUUUCCAAAUGAAUGACUUGCCUUAAACCCUCUAUUUACUGAAAUAUCGUUUCUAAGUGGUAUUUUCCAGUUUGAUUUUAUGUGGAAGGCAUAUAUAAUACUAAAUGCUAUAAAGAAGAUAAAAAUAUGAAGUGGAAAGUCAUUAGAAGAUUUUUGAAUCUUUAAAAGGGAAUUGCAAUAAGCAUCUCAGUAUUUGGAGGGUUUUCUUAAAGUAUCUCAAACUGUUGCAGUACACUACAGAACUGUAAACAUUACCAAUGCCAAAUUAUAUGUAGGUUUCUUUGAUAAAGAGUCUAAUUACACAGAGUCCUUUUGAAUGGAUUUAAAAAAAAAAAAAAAACUGAAGGUUCACCUUUUCCAGAGCUUGAUAGCUCUAAUGUAGGUUUCUUUUACUUUAAAAUAAAAACAAUAUAAAAUACCACUAAGUGGACUUUGCAGCUAGAGAAGGAAAGGCAGCCAUAGGACACAGAAAGACAAUGUGCAAGCACCAGGCUUUCAGUGAAAGUGCUUUUUUACCCUUAAAUACCAGAAAUCCUUAUUCUAAAAUGGAGCUAUUUUACAAAUAAUUACUUUUUAAUACUUAAAGUCAUUUUGAAGUUUCAGGCAUGCAGUAGUUAGCUGAUGAUGCUUACAGCAUAAAAAUAGCCAAAUCACCUUGAACUCAUAGAUAAUAAAACAGGAAAUUACUGAUAACCAAGUUUUGUAUGCUUGAUAAUUGAUGGCCCUUCAUCCAAAGAAAUAUGUGAAUUGGAGGAAAAGCUUUUUCUUUAAACUAGAAUUUCAGAUGCAAAGUUCACAUCACAUUUGUAGCUAACAUAAUCAGAGAAAAAAAUGAGAAUAUCUGACAAUUUUAAUUAUGGAAAUAUGUCAAGGGGAUAAUGCAGUGAUUAUAUCUAUUCCAGACCAUUUUUGUAGUGAUGGUCCCUGCUAGAGUACUGUGUUAAAGGGCUACACUUUAAUUGCUUAUAUUCUAUAUUUUCAUAUGACUUUUUUUUUUUUUUUUAGUAAAUACAAACUGUUUAUCCACAUGUUAUUUUAGCUUUAAAAUUGAUUCAUUAUUUUUCCCUGGCAAUAUUUUGUAACUUGUUGUUCAAUAACCUACAAAUGAAUGAGAGAAACUUUAUCAUGAGAAAACAUUUGGAAUCUUAAACUCUUUUGAUCAGAUAUCUGAUGGCACUAGUGGGGUGAAUAUUCUUAAUACUUGUAGAACUGCAGUGAUAGCCCUCAGUUUUGGGGACAUUAUCCUCCAAAAAUAGUCACAGGACUUCUCUAGGCUAACUCUCUAAAGAGCUAAAUCCUGAGUCAGGUCAGAGGGGUUUCCUUGCCAUGGUAGUUUUGUGUCUGGCUUUUGGCUCCUUGCCCAAAACUCCAGGAGGAAGAAAAUGUACUACUUCAGUAUAAGGAGGUUAGCACUAACUAAACUACUUAGGAAAGUGGAAGUGAGGAUGGAGUAGGAGCAGAUGAGUCUCUGUUUUGCUGAGCAGGGAUGCUAGUAUGGCAGUCAUGGAAACUGAUGAUCUUCAGAGGAAAAUAAUCUGAUUUGUAAAUCCUUACUUUGAUUACACAAGUAGACCUCUUCUUGAAUGGAGUUGUGGUUAUCAUUAUAUGCCUUUUUAAAAAGGCAUUUUGUCUUUUUCCAUUGCUUAUAAGUAAGGGCACACUAGCUUCUUUAUGCUUGUUUAUCCUUAUUAGAUAUAGAAUCAGGAAAGACAUUUUCCACCUUCUGUUCUUAAAGGGAUGCUUGCAUUAAAUAAGGAAUAGAAUUGCCCACUUCUGGAUGGAUUGAUGGGGUUGAUGCUUUCAGCAUUAGUUGCUGUUGAACUUAAAUCCUUCUUCCUUGCUGGUGCAGUCUACGGAUAUACCAGAACUUGUCAUGGGUACCAGUGUGUGUGAUGAGGCAAUUUGAUUCUUAAAUAUGAAAUAUAAGAGCAGUUGUAAGCACUCACAAAAAGUAAACGGAGUUAAGCUAGUGAAGUAUUCAGUACUUCCGUUUGAGUGAAUUCACAUGUAUAGUUUUGUUUAAAAUGCUUGUAUAAGAGGAAGUUAAAGCAGUUAAGAAAAUCUGUACCUGCUUUAGUUGGGCACUAGUAGCAAAAUACAGGUUUCAGAAUUGGACAUGACUGGUUUCUGCAUGCAUUACAGUUAUUUUUCUUCAUCAUCUGAGCCCCUUAAAACAUUGCAGCUUUAGAAAAUUAUGACAAUUAAUUCCAUUAGUUCUGCACAGAAUUUCUUCUGAAGUGUAGUGUCCUAGAAUUUAUGCUUUAAAUGUCAUUGCUGAAUAUAAAAGUUCUCUGAACCAAAAUCUGCUCUUCAUGCGAAUCAAUUAUCUAUUGUGACUAUGGAGAAAGUUAUAUUUUGGGUUUUUUGAUUUUUUGGUCAUUUUAUGGCAGCACUCUGGUCUUAAUCAUUGUGUUUUCUGUUGUUUUCCUUCUGCUUUGCUAGUUAUCUGCCUUGCUAUGACAAAUGAAAAUGUUGCACUGGAUCCUUUUCAUCCAUUCAAUGAAAAAAUCAGGAGGAAGCAGCCCUCAUGCUUCAGAUAACUUCUAGUUUUUACAUGUGUAAUUUCAAAAUACUGGAUUUGAAAGGAUGUUGGCGAAUACUAUUGCUAUUACUGAAAAAAAUAUUAGAAAGUAAAUUUCUUAGAAAUGUUUUGGACAUGAAGGUAACCUGGUUUUAAAUAUUUUUUUUUCUCUUGUUAAUUAAUGUACAUCUAAAAGGUGAGAAGUCUUUAUUGUAUUCCAGUUCAGCACUCUGAAAAGUAAAUAUAACAUAUCCUUCAUAACUUUAUGGUGCUUUGCAGGUAUUUGCCUAUUGUGAACGAUUCUUCCUGGCACUUAAUGUGUUAAUGUUAGUUACUAAAUGUAGUCACCCUCAUAGUAACUGUUUGCUUACUAUUUUUAAUCUUUUAUGUUUCUGUAUUAAUGACAAAUAUCUGUAUUAUAUAUUUAAAUAAUAGUUUCAGUGGUGCCUACUACUGUUGUGAUAGAGAAUGCUCUUUUGGCUUUACGGUUGCAUAUAUGCCCUUCUUAUUUGGAAAGUUUAUUCUUCCACAGACAUUCCUUAAGCUGACACAUACACAAGAUUUUAGUGAUAGGUGACGUUUUGAAAUGUAUUACUAUAGGUAUGCAUUUUAAUAUGCUCUUGAUGACAAAUCAUAUUUUAAUGAGAAUACUUUACAAAGAGAUCUUGGUAUAUCCCCAACUCUACACUGACUUGUUUGAUAUCAUAACUUGUGAUGUUUUACCAGUAGAGUAUAUUAUUUAUUAAAAGAAUUUUACACAUAUAUAACUUGUUCCCUCUACCCUAUGGGAAUAAAUAAUACAAGUAUAAACACUAUUAUGCUUGUAUGACAGGAUGCAUACAUGGUAGUUGUGCCCCUUUAAUGACAGUGAUCCAGUUGUAAAACUUCUGAUGUAGUUGAGAUGUGUUUUGCAAACACUAUUACAAGAUCCCAGCCUCCUAUUAAAUUCAUGUCAAAAGUAAUUUCAACAGCUUCUGGAUUGUGUCUCAGAAGCUUUGCAAACAAAUUGUAUAUUUGUUUAAAUACAUGGUCAAAUAUAUCUUCCAUGAUUGCAUGCAAAUGUGUCACUGAUGCUUACAUACAGCCUUUCACAUGCUCAGCUCUACUAACUGGCCUUGAAAAGAUAAAGAAGUUUAAAAGUAGCAUUUGCAAUAAUUUAGGCUGUCAUUUCCCUUCAUCUUAUUUCUCAUUUUCCAAUUCUCGUUGAAUUCUGAGAUCAGGUUUCUGUAGUUUUCUUUUAAAAGGAAAAUUUGGAAAUAGUGUCAUUAAUUUUGAAAAGUGAUCAGUGUUAGAAAUGAGGAGGAAAUACCCUUCAGAAUUUUAAUAUGAAGACUCUAGAUAUAAAAAUAUGCAUAUAUUCAGUGCUGAUUCAUCAUGGCAUUUAACUACAUGAUUAGCCUUUAAGUCCAGUAAUAUACAGCAGGUUUUUUUAAAGCCCUGUUCAAAAAUCAAUUGGCUAUAAACGCUUGAAGUUAAACCAGCACUUAGGUGCUAUGCUGAAUUAAGUAUCUAAACAGAGGCUCUACUGAAUUGAGCCUACUCUCAUUACAUUUCCAGAUCUGUCUGGACCUAAGCUAGUGGUACUGUCCUGGCCUUUAUCCUCCUCAUAGUCAUUGCCAAUUUGGCAAUAUAGAUGCAGAACUUGACAGAGGAGUUUCCUGCUUGCUUGUGGCCCAGGCUGCAGCUGCUCUUGGCUAGGUUUACCUGGAUUUUUGAAGUGUAUUGCAGUUUUAAGCUAGGCACUUGAUAAAAGGUCAUGAAAUCCAGGCAUCUGCAAAGUCACCUUACAAUGUUACCAUUGCAAAUAUUGCAACAGUUGUUUAUUAAGGUUAAAAAAAAAUAUUUUUACUAUUUUUAAUUCCUUAAAAACAUGUUUUGAGGUGCGUUUUUUGUAUAUUUCUAAAAACCUAAUUAUCAGCUGAAACAAUCUUCAUCCUGUUAAGUAAUAAUUAAAAAGCAAUUUUGUUCACCUUGCAGUUAGCGAAAUGUGCAGAUUUCGCCACUUCAUUCUCUUCUGUGUUAGCUCUGUGUCCUGUGACUUACACCUGGUUUUGUAUUUUAAACAUUUUUCAGUUGCCUGGAUUCAUGUGCAUAUCCAUAUAAGCAUAGUGUAAACUUCAUGGAUUGAUGAACUGUAGUUGCCUAUAGUGUGCAUAAAUACAUUUAAAAUACACCAUAUCAAUAUUUACAUGAACUAGUUUUGAGCCCUCCAAUUGUACGCUGUAUUUCCUGAAAUCAGUUCUGUUCUUAGAGUGCUAAGCUUUCUGUUUCCUAAAGUGAAAACAGAAUCUGUAGGUUACAGUUUAAGGAGACAGUAAAGGGCUUCUUUCAGUUUGUUGCAAAACCAACCCUUCCAGGAUUUUCUGCAGCAAGCUAUGAAUAUAUAAUUUGACUUCAGGUAUAUUACUGAAAUCUGAGUUGGAAACUAUGUAGGGCUGCUUUCAAAGAAAACUUUUAAUAAUUAGUCAAUCUAGUACCUUAUUCCAGACCAACUUCUCAGUGACAGAAACCUUUUCCUUCAAAAACUUCUUUAAUCUUACUUUCAUCUUCUGAGGGAAAAAUACCCCAGGCUGGAAUUUCACUACAACAUCUAGUAUGAACAGAUACCUGUGGUCCAUGCUUUAGUCUGAAUUAGGCUAAUACAUCGUCACAGUUUGGAAGGAAGUUAAUAUGAGACAAAAAAAAAAAAAAAAAAAAAAAAAAAAAAAAAAGAAACAGGGUGCCUAGAAACUGGCAAUCAGAAUAGUGCAACACUACGUAUUAAAGGUGCAACAAACUUUUGUCACAAUAAGUUGAAAAGGAGUAUUUGCCUACGCAUAUUUUGCCUUUCUAUGUGUUUAUCAGUUCUCUUAAUGCUUUUUCUUUGUCUUUUUACCUUUUUUUGUCCAGUGAUAUUGACUAUUUCUAUGAAGAAUCUUAUGUGUCUUACUGUGACGAAGGUGUCAAAAAUGAUACAAUAGUAACUAGGUAGUUAUUCUUAAAUCCCAGACCUCAGAUGUAUUCUAGAUCAGUUAGAAGACAACAUUCAAAAUGCAUUGUUUGAAAACUAGUGUAAGAUGGGUAAAAUGUGGCGUUAUUUAAAGAUGUUGUAAUAAGUUAUUCAAUUUAAGAAUUUUAAAAUCUGGAACUUUGUUCUUUCUUGCCUUGGUUACACAUUCAAGGGAAUAGUUUUACCUCAAAUGCAGAAGUAGUUAUGCCUCCAAAUACCCAUUUGUUAAUAUGAGAAAACACCCCUAAAAGUGGAUAGCGACAGUGUUCCUCAAUUUGCCUUUCCUGGUUCAGAAUAUAAUGCAUUGUCAGUGAAUUUCAUUUUUAUUAUUCCAAAAUAUAUAUUUUUUAAAAAGUGUUAUUUUUCAACAGAUCCAUAAACUAAGUGUUGGUGUAUGGUAAAAUUAAAAUACCACUGUUAGUUACACUGUGAUUGUGAUAUUUUAAUAAUUACUUAUUUCUAAUUUGUCUCAGCAUUGCUGCAGAAGCAGCUUGCUGUUAUGUUUUAAAGGUGUUUUUAACUUGCCUAUAAAUGUUUUUUUUCUAAUUUGUGUCUUUAAAUCUGAUUAAACUGUAGUUUAAAAAAAAA